AUGAAUUGUUCAGGUAGUGAAGAGAACAAGUCACAGUCUAGAGCGCAGGAUAGCCUAGCUGAGGAGGUUCCUCACAAGCUGUACGUGGUGCCUAACAGUGACCUAAUACAAGUGAGGUACUUGCUGGUGUACACAGAAAAGUCCAACUCCUCCCCCAGCCAAAGAGCGCAGGAUAGCCUAGCUGAGGAGGUUCCUCACAAGCUGUACGUGGUGCCUAACAGUGACCUAAUACAAGUGAGGUACUUGCUGGUGUACACAGAAAAGUCCAACUCCUCCCCCAGCCAAAGAUUAACCCAAAGAAACUCUGGCUUGCUGUCAUGGCUGGGCCGACACAAGAUGGCCGCCUCGUUGGCUACGUACGCUGUCGUACUUGUGGCCGUCGGACUUUCUAGGAGUCCCACCUUUCUAAGACUAUGGCAAGACAUUUGUCGAACAAUCGGUAUUCGAUAAUCAUAAGCGUCGCUUUAUAUCCAUUCCAAAUUUACUUGUAUAUCCAAUAUUUGUGAUAGUAGUUUUAGUUGAAAUUCUUUGUUAUUUGUAUUACACUAUUUUUUUUAUGUUUAUGUUCCUUAUCGCUUUAUUGAGUUUUGGAAAGAUAGAAAUCGAUAUACCAAUCAAGAUGCUAGGAAUAAAAAUUAAAAUAUCAAAUAUUAACUUUUCGCAAAGCUGAGCAUAAUGUUUACUGAUACAUCUAUGUUGAUUGGCUCAAUAUGAGGUGAUCAUAAUAGAUCGCAAUAGAUCAUAUUGCUAGCUACUUUUAUCAUCCAAAAUCGGGAUCCUAUCUGUUCCACCUGGUUUGGUAAAGACUGUCUAAGUUAAGGUUUAACAGGGUAUCUACUUUACUGUCAUGCUAAAAACAGGCCAGUAAUGAUCUUAGACAAACUGUUUCAAUUAAUGUGAUCAAUAGAAACCGUGACCCAAAAAUAAAACUACCUAUUCUUCAUUAAAAAAAACCACAAUCUUUGCCUAGAGCCAUUGCCCAAACUCAACUUUUUACUGCAGAAUUAUGCUUUGCAGUUGGGAUCAUUAAAACUUAAUAUCAAAUUCUUUGUCAGAGACAUAAUCUUUUGUCUAUGGUUUAUAUAUUUUUUACAUGUUGGGUAUAUAAUAAAAAUACAAGUGUGUGUAAAUUAUUUUUAUAACAUUUACAAUAUUUUAUAAUUUUUUACAUAUUUUUUGUGUCCCAGUGAUAAUCUUACAUUAAUGUGCAUUACUAACUACUUUAAUGCUAAAGUAACAAAAUGAAAGUAAAGUAAAAUGUAAAACAUACUCAUUUAUACAUUUUUAUUUUAAAGGGAAACCAAUUUCCUAAUAUUGAGUUUUCUCUUCAACGUACUCUGGAGAAGUCCUAUCUCAGGACGAAAUAUCAGUGUUAUGUUUUGUGUUCACCCCUGGUCUCGAUAAUUUUCUCAGGUAAUUUAGCUGAACUAUAUUACUUUUCCAAAAAUAGCUUUAUAUAGGCUAUACUUUUUAAUUCUCAUGUAUCAAAUACAAUGUUUAUGCCUGGUUAACUUAUUGUGUUGAUAGCCUACUUUACUAUUUUUAGAAUUUGUUUCUUUUUUUUCAAUUAUAACUAAGUAGAAUAUUACAUUUAUAAGCUACUGCUUGUACUCCAGUACUACAACAAAAUAGUUUAUUGCUCACUUCAAAUUUACUAUAACACGAGAGAGAAUCAUUUCGCCAACAUCAACAUGAUCAAAUGUGAUGUGGCCUUGACAAACAUUAAAACUAGACAGAUUUCACACUACCAUUAAAUAUAUAUUUGUAAAAGUUAAUAGUGAAACCAAAGACGUGAUCUCAAAAAGCAAAUAAGUGAAAAAAAACAUGUAGAUGGAAGUUUGAAUAACUAAGAUACAUUUAUAUAUUAUUACGUGAAUAAUUAUUAUCUUUUAUCAGUAGAUUAUUGUUUAGUAAAUAAUAGCAUUAGAUGUAUUAAGGGAUUAUUGAAAUAUACUGUAUAGUUUACUAGUAUGAAAGACAUUUGGUGCCUCAUACAGGCAGUAAAAUAAUGAUUGAUUAUUGUUUAGUUUUGUUGUAAAUAUAAUGAA